AUGUGCUCCCAGAUCUGGUUCCUGACAGACCGGCGCAUCCGCGAGGACUACCCGCAGGUGCAGAUCCUGCGCGCCCUCCGGCAGCGCUGCUCCGAGCAGGACGUGCGCUUCAGGGCGGUGUUCAUGGACCAGCUAGCGGUCACCGUCAUCGGUGGCCACCUCGGCCUGCAGCUGAACCAGAAGGCCCUCACCACCUUCCCAGAUGUCGUGGUCGUGCGGGUCUCCACACCCUCUAUACAGUCAGACAGCGACAUCACCGUCCUGAGACACCUAGAAAAGCUGGGCUGCCGCUUGGUCAACCGCUCUCAGAGCAUCUUAAACUGCAUCAAUAAGUUCUGGACAUUUCAAGAGCUGGCUGGACAUGGGGUCCCCAUGCCAGACACUUUCUCCUAUGGUGGACAUGAAGACUUUUCAAAAAUGAUUGAUGAAGCUGAGCCCCUAGGCUACCCGGUUGUGGUGAAGAGCACACGAGGCCACCAGGGAAAAGCUGUUUUUCUGGCAAGAGAUAAGCAUCACCUCUCAGACAUCUGCCAUCUGGUCCGCCACGAUGUGCCCUAUCUGUUCCAGAAGUAUGUGAAGGAGUCCCAUGGGAAGGACGUCCGGGUGGUGGUGGUAGGGGGCCAGGUGAUAGGCUCCAUGCUACGCUGCUCCACAGAUGGACGGAUGCAGAGCAACUGCUCUCUUGGUGGUGUGGGUGUCAAGUGCCCACUGACAGAACAAGGCAAGCAGUUGGCUAUUCAAGUAUCCAAUAUUCUGGGCAUGGACUUCUGUGGCAUUGAUCUUCUCAUCAUGGAAGAUGGCUCCUUCGUGGUGUGUGAGGCAAAUGCCAAUGUUGGCUUUCUAGCUUUCGACCAGGCAUGCAACUUAGAUGUGGGUGGAAUCAUCGCAGACUAUACUAUGUCCUUACUGCCAAAUAGGCAGACAGGGAAGAUGGCUGUCCUCCCAGGACUGUCGAGCCCCAGGGAGAAGAAUGAGCCAGAUGACUGUGCUUCUGCUCAGGGAGUUUCAGGCAGCGUCUACACCAUCAACAACGGGUCUACCUCCAGUGAGAGUGAGCCUGAACUGGGAGAGGUCCGGGAUUCCUCAACAAACACAAUGGGGGUUCCGUCCCCCCAUGCUGCCCGAGCCUGGCUACAACAUUAA